UGCCACCCUCCUCCUUCUCCUCCUCCUGCUGCUGUGCUCCCUGGGCCCUCUCCGUGCCCUCUCUGUGCGGGAUGGAGUUGUCCGGCCUGCUCCUGGACGAGGAAGGGGCCUUCUCCCUGGCCGGCUUCCAGGAUUUCACGUUCCUGCCCGGGCAUCGGCAGCUGAGCGAGCGGCUGAGGCGGCGCCUCUACUACGGCUGGGCCCCGGACUGCCGCUUGGAGGAGCUCUCGGGACCCGUGGCUGAUAUCGCGGUGGAACUGCUGCAGAAGGCCGCCCCCAGCCCCAUCCGCCGGCUCCAGAAGAAAUAUGUCUGCCACGUGUCCAGAGAGGCCUGCGUGUCCCCCUGCGCCAUGAUGUUGGCCCUGGUCUUCAUCGAACGACUCCGACACCGCAACCCGCAUUACCUGCAGCACGUGUCCUCCUCGGACCUCUUCCUCAUCUCCAUGAUGGUGGCCAGCAAGUACCUGUACGAUGAGGGAGAGGAGGAGGAGGUGUUUAACGACGAGUGGGGGGCCGCGGGGGGCCUGUCCGUCCCCGCCCUCAACGCGUUGGAGCGGGGCUUCCUCCACGCCUUGGACUGGAGUCUGUACACGGACCCCCGGGAGACGUUCGAGAUGCUCAGCUGGCUGGAAGGCUGCGUGGCGGAGCGGCAGGGCCGACGGCGCGGAUGGUUCACCUACACCGACCUGUGCGUCCUCCUGGAGCGGCCCGCCUGGGCCGCCGCCCUCGGUGCCCUGUGCCAACGCCUCACCCUGCUGGCCGGCUUCCUGGCGGUGGCUUACGUGAGCGGCGUGGCGGUGCUGGUGGCCUCGGGGACCGUCCUCCAGCGAGCGGCCGGCCCCGCCGCCCCCAGGGCCUGCCCGCCGGGCCCGGGCCUCCUGCCCGGCCCCUCCCGGCCCGCGGCCCCGCCGGCCGGUGGCUCCCAGCCGCUCCGGCCGCCCUCCCGCCCGGCCCCUCCGGCCCCGCCGGCCUCCUCCCCGGUUGCCCCGCGGCGCUGCCCGAUCUGCCGGCAAGUCCUGGGAGACCCCGCCGGCUUAUGCCACCAUGCCAACCGCACGGCCCCCGCCCGGUCCCCCGCCCCACGGAGUCCCCCGUCGCCCGGCCCGCCCGCCCCGUGGCCCUGGGGCAUCCCGGCGACCCCGGCCCCGCUGCGGCCCCAGCAGUGUUCCCUGCUCAGCGCGCUGGACCUGGCCUUCACCGUCCCGGGAUAG